AUGAACGUCGAAAACACGGGCGACACGCCCACCUACAGGAGGAUCAACGCCGAGUCGAUCAUAGACAUCACUUUCUCCCGCCUCGCGGCUCCCGCCGUCAUACCGAACUGGAGCGUUCUGGUCGACGCAGAGUCCGCCAGCGAUCAUAGAUACGUACACUUCUCCAUACACUCGUCGCCGGACCCCGACGACGACGACGACACACACCGCAACCGCGCCGCCGGCUGGUCGCACCGCAAGCUCGACCGCGCCGCGCUCGCGACGCACCUGGCAAACACAGCCCAACCCAUCGUCGACGACCACACCACCGCUGCACAGGCAGCCGACCAACUCACCGACUACCUAGUAGCAGCCUGCGUUUCGUGCAUGCCUCCGAGGGCCACCCCGAGAGUGGGCAGAAGAUCUGUCCACUGGUGGUCCAACGACUUGACAGCGCUCCGCUGCUCCACGAUCAGGGCGAGAAGGGCCGCACAACGGUCCGCCCGCAGGCGCGACCCGGCCGAAACGACGGACGCCUAUCGCACCGCCUACUUCGAAACGCGGAAGACCCUACGCGACGCCGUCCGAGCGGCACAGGCCAACAGCUGGUCCGAACUAUGUCGCGCCGUCGAUGACGACCCCUGGGGCCUCCCCUACAGGGUUGUCACAAAGAAGCUCUCCCGCAAGCGGCCGGGCGUCGAGGCGCGCGGCAGGGAGGAAGCCAUCGCGGACCAUCUAUUCCCGGAUCCACCGGCCACAGACUGGGCCACCGAGCCCCUCCUCAACUACGACGGCCAAACCCCCCCGUUCACCGCGCUAGAGCUGCGCGAGGCGUGUCGCCGGCUCCCGGCGGGUAAAGCCUCCGGACCCGACGGCAUACCGAACGAGGUACUGAUCCGCGUGUCGAGAAUUGUGCCGCAGGUAUUCCUCGACGCCUUUAACCGCUGCCUCGCUGAGAACGAAUUCCCCGUCCGAUGGAAGGCUUCAAGACUAGUCCUCCUCCUCAAAGGCCCGGACAAACCACCGCUCGCCCCGUCCAGCUAUAGACCCUUGUGCAUGCUCAAUUCAACUGCCAAGCUGCUCGAACGACUCCUACUCUCCAGGCUAAAUCAACAUCUCGACUUGACCGGACAAAGAUCGGAAAAUCAGUACGGGUUCCGGCACGGGCGGUCAACGGAGGACGCCAUCCAGAGGGUCAUCUCCGCCGCCCGAGGAGCCGCCUCCGGCGCCACCCAACAUCGCGACCUCUGCGUGGCGGUGUCCCUCGACGUGUGCAACGCAUUCAACACCGUUCCCUGGCCGCGCAUCGACGCCGCCCUCAGAAGGAAAAACGUUCCCGCCUACAUAAACCGGACCGUUCGCUCGUAUCUCCAAGACAGAACCCUUCUCGUCGGCGAGGCGUUAACCGCACGCAGGACCACCUGCGGAGUCCCACAGGGCUCGGUCCUCGGACCGUCCCUGUGGAACGCGUUCUACGACGAACUGCUUGACAUCGAUAUGCCGCCCGGAGUGCAACUGGUCGCCUUCGCCGACGACGUGGCCGUCGUAGGAACGUCCCGGACCGGCCCGUCCGCAACCGCCCUCCUGAAUCCGGUGCUGCAAACCGUCAGCACGUGGAUGCGCGACAACGGACUCGCAGUCGCGCCACAAAAAACCGAGGCCGUCGUCCUGACCGGGAAGUACGUCUUUACCGACCCAGCCCUACUCGUCGACGGGCACGCCGUCCCAGUGAAAAAGUCCAUACGAUACCUCGGCGUACAGCUGGACACACGGCUGUCCUUCACUGAGCACAUCGCGAACGCGUCAAAAAAGGCAACCAAAUCGGCCAACGCCAUCGGCAGGCUGAUGCCCAACCUAGGUGGACCGGCCCAGGCGAAACGGGCACUCCUGGGGUCGGUCACAAACAGCAAACUACUCUACGCCUCUACUGUCUGGGCCACAAUCGGCGUCAAGCGCGCCAAGAACAGGAACGCAAUGGCCCGCGCCCAGCGCGCCACCGCCCUGCGAACCACAAGGGCUUACCGUACCGUUUCCGCCGACGCAUCUUCGCUCCUAUCUUCCAUGCUGCCGGCCGAUCUCCUGGCACACGAGAGGGCAAUAGCUAGCGAUCGGCUGAGCGACGCAGGCGAACACAGAACGAAGCAGGCGGUCAAGACCCGCGAGAGGGAGAUUUCAAUCGCAUCUUGGCAGUCCAGAUGGGAUCGGGCCGCACUCGCCCCCGGAGCCGUCGGACGCAGGUGGACCCACCGUCUACUGCCCAACGUAGCCCGCUGGCUGACCAAGCCCCCGAUGGACCUGACCUAUCACCUCACGCAGGCAUUAACCGCGCACGGAUGCUUCAGAAGCUACCUCUUAAGAUUCAACAGAGCAGAGGACAGCUACUGCUGCUACUGCAUGUACCCGGACGACACCGCCGAGCACACCCUGUUCGACUGCCCGAGGUGGGAGGACGAGCGCUCCACCUUGGUCAGCCUGCUCCGACGGCCCCCGCGUCCCGCCGAUGUCGAGGAAAUCCUCUGCGGCCCCCGAUCAGACGAUCUACCAGAUGAUCCGGCGGCAAGACUCAGGAUACUAGAGCAGGCAAUGACCAACCGACGCGAACUCACCGGCAUGAUCGAGGCGAUUAUGGCCGCCAAAGAGGAGGACGAACGGGAGGAACAACGAUGA